CACACAUCAAAUACCCAUAAAAAUAAUUUAAUAAACAAGUUCCCAGAGACCAAAAAGAAAAGGGAAAAACCCAAAAUGUCUCUGGGGUAUGCCGAGAAGCUUUCCUUCAUAGAAGAUGUGGGCAACGUUGGAAUGGCGGAAUUUUUCGACCCAUCUCACGUUUUCCAGGAAAAAGUUGAACGACUCGCUGGGAUGAUUCAAAAGAGCAAGCACAUGGUGGUAUUCACUGGGGCAGGGAUAUCCACUUCUUGUGGUAUACCUGACUUUCGUGGCCCCAAGGGCAUCUGGACUCUUCAGCGCCAAGGCAAAGCCUUGCCAGAAGCAUCUUUACCUUUCCAUCGAGCAACACCAAGCACAACCCAUAUGGCACUAGUUGAAUUUGAGAAGGCUGGUAUCCUGAAGUUCCUGAUUAGCCAGAAUGUUGAUGGCCUCCAUCUUCGUUCUGGAAUACCCAGGGAAAAACUUUCUGAAUUACAUGGAGACUCCUUCAUGGAACAAUGCCCAUCAUGUGGAGCUGAAUAUGUCAGGGACUUUGAAAUUGAGACUAUUGGGUUGAAGGAGACGACUCGCCGAUGCUCCAAAGCAGGUUGUGGUGCAAAACUGAGGGAUACUGUUCUGGACUGGGAGGAUGCUCUGCCGCCUAAGGAGAUGGAUCCUGCAGCAAAACAUUGCAAAAUGGCUGAUCUUGUAUUAUGUUUAGGAACCAGUUUGCAAAUUACUCCUGCAUGCAAUUUGCCCCUAAAAUGCCUUAAGGGUGGUGGGAAGAUCGUAAUUGUGAAUCUCCAGAAAACUCCCAAGGACAAGAAAGCGAGUUUGGUGAUACACGGACGUGUUGACGAGGUGAUGACAGGAGUUAUGGGCAUGCUAAAUAUGCGUAUCCCUCCAUUUAUUAGGAUUGAUCUUUUCCAGAUUAUUAUAACCCAGGCCUUAAGUCUAGAUAAAAAGUAUGUGAACUGGACCCUCAGGAUAGCCAGUGUGCAUGGGAAGCAAGCACCAUUGCCUUUUAUCAAAUCAGUAGAGGUUUCCUUCACUGAAAGUCUAAGCAUGAAGGCAGCUGUUUUAUAUGAUCAACCUCUUCAUCUCAAAAGGAGGACAGCUAGGAGUACAAAACAUUUGGAUGUUUUCUUGACUUUGCAGUUCAGUACUGGUUGCAAGUGUACACAUGCAGAUCUCAAAAUACCUGUUGAUUUUGAGAUUCCAACUGACUCUCUUAAGGAAGAAAAGGAUUCUAUCAUCGAGAAGCUAAAAGAGCGAGCAGUGAGAGAGGCAUGCUGCGGCCAAACAGCAGUGGUGGAGAGGAGGGGCAUAUUAGUUCCCAAAAGUGAGGUCAUCGUCCAUGCAAUUAUUACAAACAUUAUAGAAUACGGGGAUUCUUUGGAGGCGUCUUCUCUGAGUAACGGCUUGCUUAAGAGGAGAAACGAAGGUUUGAUAGACAGCGGGAUUUGUUGGAAGCGAACAAAGGGGCGGAAGCGCACGAGUAGGCAUAGAAGAUAUUGAAGUUGAUGGGGUUGGGAUCUGAGGAGUACUUUGUUUUUUUGGUAGAUGGCACUCUCAGUCCACCUUAAUUAUAGGAAACUUGAAAAUAUAGAUAUUGUUUCUAACUUUGUGAUUUUAUCAAUAUGUUUCUACA